AUGGUGAAGAUAAACCUUGAUGGAUCAUUCAGUCACCAAGGGCGAACAGGAGGUACCGAGAUUAUUAUCAGAGAUCAAAACGGUGGAGUUCUUGGAGCUGCAGCAAUCUGCAUAGAUAAAGCUAACGAUCCCUUCCAGGUUGAAGCAAGUGCUGCAGUGAGAGCUUUAAACUUUGCAAAAGAGAUGGGUUUCACAAAAAUUAUGCUCGAGGAAGACUGUUUAACAGUGAUCAGGAAACUUAAGGAGAUGGAGCAAGAUCUCUCCCCCAUUGGUACCGUUAUAGAGGAAGCUAAGUGGAGGAUGUCUAGGCUUCAUGAGUGCCACGUAAUGCAUUUACUGCGAUCUGGAAAUAUGGUAGCUCACCAGCUUGCAUGUUACAGUUUACAUUUAGCUAAUGAUGAGUACCGCCUAGAAGACUAUUCUAAUGUAAUAUCUGCAGCUUUGCAUGGAGACUGUAAUCAACAAGAUUAUCAUGCAGUGCUGCAUGUAAAACUGUCAAAAAGUGUAAAUGGAGUAUAA